GUGGUGACGUCACGCCCGUUGUUUCCAAUGUCGGCUGCUGUCGUCCUCGCGUAGGAGGCCGCUGCUCGGCGCACAACUUCUCCCGAGGACAAAAUAUCCAGCUCCAGGUCGUCGACAGCCGCCGGUACCGCGACGCCCAGGAAGAUCCUUCUCCCGUCUCCCCCUCGCCCUCUCUGUCGGAGCAUGGCUCAGGAGACCAAUCAGACCCAGGUGCCGAUGCUUUGCACGAUGGGAUGCGGUUUCUACGGUAACCCCCGCAACAACGGCAUGUGCUCGGUCUGCUACAAGGAACACCUGCAGAGACAACAGGGAGGGGGGAGAGCCAGUCCCCCGGGGGAGAAAGCCGCGACGUCGCCGUCGGGGACGGCGGGGCCCGCCGACGUCGUCGCGGAGGGCACGCCCCCGGCGCCCAGCGCAGAGGCGGCGGCGCGGACCUCACCCGAAGAACCGACAUCCAGUCCCGGCUCAGCCAGUCCAGUAACUCAACAGAUGACGGCCAUGAGCAUCUCGCAGGACUCGGGCGCCGUCGACUCGGACCGAGCGGAGGCUGACGAUGCCGAAGAGGAGGACGAGUCCAGCACCUCAGAGCCGGCGGGAGAAGCGGCGCAGACCUCCGACGGCGAGCAGACUCCCGAUAAAAACAAGAAAAAGAACCGCUGCUUUUCUUGCCGGAAGAAAGUCGGCCUCACCGGGUUCGACUGCCGCUGCGGCAACCUCUUCUGUGCCAUCCACCGUUACUCCGACAAACAUGACUGUCCCUACGAUUACCGAAGCGCCGCCGCCGCCCGCAUACGCAAGGAGAACCCCAUCGUGGUGGCGGAGAAAAUCCAGAAGUUAUGAAGACUCGAGUCCGACCACGACGGCAACACGCGUGCGCCUCUCUCGGCGGUUGACAACAACGGUGACGCCCGAUAUCAUGGUGGUCUCGGGGCGGGGGGCGGGGGGCGGGCCAUGCAGUCGCAGCCACUGUCCAGACACUUUCCCUUUCUAGCAUCGAUCUCCACUUGUGACUGAGUGUUUUCUGUAUGAUUGCGUUCGUAUGCUGGAGAAGAGCAGCAGGGGGGCUCGGUGGGCACGCCGUGGGGAGGGGGAGGCGUUAAAAUUUUGUUUUGUCGGCUCAACUUUUCCAGCGGGGAGCGCGAGUGCGUGUGUUGUCUUUUUUUUUUUUUUUUAUCCCAUCCCUGCGAAGAAUGAAGAACGGAUCACGGGGUCGAUUCCCCCCCGCCCUGCGAAUCGGGAGCUCGGCGAGACCUUUUCAAGGGCUUCGGAUUCUAUUCUCCGCUAGUAAAAAUGAUGUCAACUUCUCCGUCAAAUUGGCUACCCCCCCCCCCCCCCGCCUUUUUCAAUCGGCACAUUUUGGACUUUCUCAGCAUUUUCCACCAGUCUUCUCUCUUUGAUAUCUUGACUUAUAUCGGGUGCAUGAAACUGUUAUCUGAGCGGCGGGAGGGCAGGGGAUAACUUGACUUAACCGAGUGAUUGCAUUCCCCCCCUGUUUUAAUGAGCGUAUGACUUCAGAAGAUCUAUAUUAAUAUAUUGUAGUUAGCUUGUGUGAUUGCAUUGUAUUUAUUUUAUUUUUUUUUAUCCUUUGGUGGGUCCACUGGAGGAU